UUGCAGUGGUGGGAUGAAAGAUUCGACUUCCAGACUACCUUUUUACAGUGCUUGGCCAAACAUGUGCCAAAUAUCUACUCAGCUGAAAUGGACCCCAUGCUGGAGAAGCAAGAAGAGAUGGUCCAGGCAAUGAUACUUUACCCUCUUGAGUGCUAUUUAUUUGGGGAAGACCCAGAUACCUUCCUAGAGAAAUUACAGCAGAGUGGAACCUCGCAGCUCUGUGGGAAGGUGUUCAAAGGAGGGGAGACAACGUAUUCUUGCAGAGACUGUGCAGUUGAUCCAACAUGUGUGCUAUGCAUGGACUGCUUCCAGAACAGCAUCCACAAAAAUCAUCGGUACAAGAUGCAUAGCUCCACUGGAGGAGGAUUUUGCGAUUGUGGGGAUACGGAGGCAUGGAAGGCAGGACCAUUGUGUGCUAAACAUGAGCCUGGAGCAUCAGGGACUGCAAAAGAAAAUUCUGAAUGUCAGUUAAAUGAAGAGGUUAUGGAACACUCCAGGAGGGUGUUUCCUGCUGUGAUAAAAUACAUUGUAGAUAUGCUUAUAUGGGAAGAAGAAAAGGAACUGCCUCUGGAGCUCAGAAUCAGCAGAGAGAAGGCAGACAACUACUACUGUGUCCUUUUCAACGAUGAACACCAUUCCUAUGAUCAUGUCAUCUAUAGCUUGCAAAGGGCCCUUGGCUGUGAACUCGGUGAAGCCCAGUUGCAUACUACUGCCAUAGAUAAAGAGGGUCGUAGAGCUGUUAAAGCAGGACAUUAUGCAUCUUGUCAGGAAGCAAAGGAAGAAAUCAAGAGGCAUUCUGAAAAUGUUUCUCAACGACCACUUCAUGUAGAGGUUCUGCAUGUGGAUGUUAUGGCUCACCAGAAGUUUGCCUUGCGCCUUGGUUCGUGGCUGAAUAAACUCAUGAGCUAUUCAAGUGACUUUCGGCAGAUUUUUUGUCAGAUAUGUCUCAAAGAAGAUGCUGGGUCUGAAAAACCCUGCUUCAUAAGCAAGUUGAUACUUUGGGAUGCGAAACUUCAUAAAGGAGCAAGAAAGGUUCUUCAUGAGCUUAUUUUCAGUAGUUUCUUCAUGGAAAUGGAAUACAAAAAACUUUUUGCUGUGGAAUUUGUGAAGUACUACAAGUCUUUGCAAAAAGAAUACAUCAACGAUGAUCAUGACAGAGUUCUCUCUGUGACAGCACUCUCUGUUCAGAUGUUCACUGUGCCUACUCUGGCCCGCCACCUUAUUGAAGAGCAAAAGGUAAUCACCAUCAUUACGGAGACCCUACUAGAAGUGCUGCCAGAGUACCUGGACAAAAAUGAUAAAUUCAACUUCCAAGGUUACAGCCAGGACAAACUGAACCGGGUGUAUGCAGUAAUAUAUGACCUCAGGUAUGUCUUAAUCAGCAAGCCUACGCUGUGGACAGACCGUCUGAGGGAGCGAUUUUUAGAAGGAUUUGUUUCGUUCCUAAGGAUUCUAACUUGCAUGCAGGGAAUGGAGGAGAUAAAAAGACAGAUGGGUCAGCACAUUGAGGUGGACCCAGACUGGGAAGCAGCCAUUGCUAUACAGAUGCAGCUGAAGAAUAUUCUUUUGAUGUUCCAAGAAUGGUGUGCAUGUGAUGAGGAGCUAUUGCUGAGAGCCUAUAAAGAAUGUCACAAAGCGGUGAUGAGGUGCAGCACAAAUGGCCGCUCGCGGGAGAAGACAGUGUUCCACAUGUGUGGCCACACUCUGGAGAGCAGACCUUACAGAGUGUCUACAGAUCCUGUCAGCAUACAUUUACCUCUGUCGAGGACCCUUGCAGGUCUUCAUGUACGAUUAAGCAAGACUGGAACUAUCUCAAGAUUGCAUGAAUUUGUUUCCCCUGAAGAAUUCCAAGUGGACCUGCUAGUAGAAUAUCCUUUGCGAUGCCUUGUCUUGGUCGCACAGGUUGCAGCAGAGAUGUGGAGGAGGAAUGGGCUCUCCCUGAUAAGCCAGGUAUUCUAUUACCAAGAUGUUAAAUGCAGAGAAGAAAUGUAUGAUAAAGACAUCAUCAUGCUUCAGAUCGGUGCAUCUCUUAUGGAUCCAAAUCAUUUCCUUCUGCUGAUGCUGCAGAGAUAUGAGCUUGUUGAUGCUUUCAAGAAGAUGAAGCCCACCAAAGAUCAGGAUUUGAUCAAGCAAUAUAAUGUGUUGAUAGAAGAGAUGUUACAGAUUCUAAUCUAUGUUGUAGGAGAAAGGUAUGUGCCUGGAGUGAGUAAUGUAACAAAGGAAGAUGUUAUCAUGAGAGAAAUCAUCCAUCUGCUCUGCAUUGAACCAAUGGCUCACAGUGCGAUUACCAAGUCCUUGCCUGAAAAUGAAAACAACGAAACUGGCUUGGAGAGUGUAAUUGAUAAAGUAGCUACAUUUAAGAAACCAGGUGUAUCAGGCCAUGGAGUUUAUGAAUUGAAAGAUGAAUGUCUGAAGGAGUUCAAUAUGUUCUUUUAUCACUAUACUAAGACUCAGCACAGCAAGGCUGAGCAUACACAGAAAAAAAGAAGAAAACAAGAAAACAGAGAUGAAGCAUUGCCACCACCGCCCCCUCCAGAGUUCAGUCCUGCAUUCAGCAACGUGGUGAAGCUUCUGAACUGUGAUGUUAUGAUGCACAUACUGCGGACCAUCCUUCAGAGAGCAGUAGAGCUGGAAACCCACCUGUGGACAGAAGCCAUGAUCCAAAUGGUGCUUCAUCUCCUUUCUCUAGGAUUAUUAGAAGAGAAGCAGCAGUUACAGAAGUCUCCAGAAGAGGAAGUAACCUUUGAUUUCUAUCACAAAGCAACAAGAAUGGGAAGCUCCGCCUUGAAUGCUGUGAACGUAUUAAUGCUUCUGGAAAAAUUAAGAAGAGUUCCUCAAUUAGAAGCACAGAAGGACACAGUCAUUUGGAUCCUGCAGAUGUUUGACACAGUGAAGAGAUUGAGAGAAAAAUCAAGUUUGGCAACAGUAAUAGCUACAUCAGGCUCAGAAGUUACAAAAGGUGAUGAGGCACAGAGCACUCAAGACAAAGAGAAAGCUGAACGGAAGAGAAAAGCAGAAGCAGCCAGGUUGCAUCGUCAGAAGAUAAUGGCCCAGAUGUCUGCUCUGCAGAGGAAUUUCAUUGAAACCCACAAGCUCCUGUAUGAAAACACCCUGGAGACUCAGGGGAAAGAGGAUGCUAUCAUGGAGGAAGAAAGCAUGUCUUUGGCAAUAGAUCACUCCAAGAUUGCUUUGGGUCCCAAACGAGGUCCAUCAGUUGCUGAGAAAGAAGUUCUGACAUGUAUUCUUUGUCAGGAGGAGCAGGAAGUAAAGCUGGAAAGCGCUGCCAUGGUUUUAUCUGCCUGUGUCCAGAAAUCAACUGCCUUAACUCAAAACAGGAGCAGAAUUCUGGAGCUCUCAGGAGAUACAGUAGAUCCUCUUUUCAUGCAUCCUGACUUGCCAUGUGGAACCCACACGGGAAGCUGCGGCCACGUGAUGCAUGCGGCCUGCUGGCAGAAGUAUUUUGAAGCCAUGCAGCUGAACUUCCGACAGCGUCUGCACGUUGAACAGAUAUUUGACUUGGAGAAUGGAGAGUACCUUUGUCCGCUCUGCAAGUCUCUGUGCAAUACUGUUAUCCCUAUUGUUCCAUUACAAGCUCAAAAAAUAAACAGUGAGGACGCAGAGGCAGUAGCUCAAAUCCUGUCCCUGGCUAGGUGGCUGGAGAUUGUUACAGCUAGAAUAUCUGGCUACAGUGUGAAAAACGCUAAAGGAGAGAAACAAAGUGCUCCGGCUUUCAUCAACAAAGGAAUGGGGAACUCUGCUCUGGAAUUCCAUUCCAUCCUUAGUUUUGGAGUUCAGUCCUCAGCAAAGUACUCGAGCAGUAUCAAGGAGAUGCUAGUUCUUUUUGCCACCACCAUUUAUAGAGUUGGACUAAAAGUUGCUCCAAAUGAAGAUGACUAUCGGAUUCCUAUGAUGACUUGGAGCACGUGUGCUUUUACCAUCCAGUGCAUAGAAAACCUCUUGGAAACAGAGGCCAAGCCGCUAUUUGGAUCUCUACAAAAUAGACAGCACAGUGGCCUUAAAGCAUUAGUGCAGUUUGCAGCUGCUCAGAGAACAACAUCACCCCAGGUCCUGAUUCAGAAACAUCUGGUUCGUCUUCUGGGAGUUCUUCUACCAAACUUUAAAGUCGAAGACACUCCUUCCCUUUUAGAAGUAGAUAUGUUCCACGUUCUGGUGGGAGGUGUGUUAUCAUUUCCAUCUUUAUACUGGGAAGAUGCUGUAGACUUGCAACCUUCAGCAAUUAGUUCAGCUUAUAACCAGCUCUACCUCUUCCAUCUGACUACGCUGGCACACAUAACACAAAUUGUUCUCUCCUCAGCAACAGAAUCCCCUGCUGCUCAGUGCCACGAUAGCAGCGAGGAGGCCCGCGCGGCGCAGUCGUUCUGCAAGGAGCUUUGCCAGUACACCAGUGGUUGCUUUAGCCAGGAUAUUCCAGGCUGGCUUGUGUGGGAUUGUGUUAAAAAAGGCAUCAUGCCUUACCUUCGUUGUGCUGCUUUAUUUUUUCAUUAUUUGCUCGGAGUGUCUCCACCUGAGGAGCUACUACAAGUUUCUGAAGAAGGGCAAUUCAAGGCACUUUGUAGUUACCUCUCUCUGCCCACCAAUCUUUUCCUGCUUUUCCAGGAAUACUGGGACACUGUAAAUCCACUGCUACAGAGGUGGUGUGCUGACCCAGUGGUCCUCAGUUCUUUGAAAGGGAAGAGCAUUUCAAUAAGGUAUCCUAGGAAGAGAAAUAGCUUAAUAGAGCUUCCUGAAGACUAUAGCUGCCUCCUGAACCAAGCGUCUCAGUUUAGGUGCCCCCGGUCUUCUGAUGAUGAACAGAAGCAUCCAGUGCUGUGUUUGUUCUGUGGUGCUAUGCUGUGUUCCCAGAACACCUGCUGCCAGGAGCUGGUGAAUGGGGAGGAGUUGGGAGCCUGUACUUCCCAUGCUCUGCAGUGUGGAGCUGGGGUCUGUAUGUUUCUCAAAAUCAGGGAAUGCAAAGUUGUCCUCAUAGAGGGUAAAACCAGGGGAUGCUUGUAUCCUGCUCCCUACUUGGAUAAAUAUGGAGAAACCGAUCCAGGUUUGAAACGAGGCAAUCCCCUGCACUUGUGCCGGGAGCGGUACCGCAAGCUGCACCUGCUCUGGCAGCAGCACUGCAUCGUCGAGGAGAUCGCCAGGAGCCAGGAAACCAACCAGAUCUUCUUUGGAUUCAACUGGCAGCUGCUCUGAGCCCCCGCGCCGGCGGAGGCCUCGUGCCGUGGACAGUGCUUUGGAGAAGGAAAGAAGGUGGCAGUAAAUAACUUACUGUAAAGUGGAUUCUGUAGCUCUGUCACAUGACUGACACUUUCUCUAGCUUGGAUGUUUUACUGAUGUAUUGAAGCAGAAUCUCAUUUCGAAUGUCUUGCUUCUCUCUCCCUCCCACACUCCCACUCACCCCCCCCAAAAAAGGAGACCCCAUGUAAUUCUGAUCGCACAUUCAGUUCCAGAAGUGUUUCUGGGGUUUUUUUUUGAGGUGUUGUAAUUGUUUCACAUGCUUUGAAGAGGACAGCUUCCCAAAUCCUGCCCUUCACUGCAAAUGCCAAAUUUCUCUUGCUUCCUUGCCUUGAGAAUAUACUGAAACAAUAUGACUAAAAAAAAACAUCAAAAAAAGCGUCCUUCACUUUCUGGAUGGUUUUCCCAGGCCUCAACCUAAUCUGGUUGCAUUUUGUGGCAUAAAACUGAAGUGGAAGUGGUGUCAGGUCUGUAACAAUCUGUAGCAACAGUUGCAGCAGAUGUUUAAGUUGUGCAUAAAAAGACUGCACUCUGCUAUAUCCUAGCAUUUAAUGAAGUGUUUUCAUUAGCAUAAACCCUUUAAGGAAGCGGGGGGAAGAAGUGCAUGGGGAAACUGUCAUCUUGCUUGCUGCAGCAAAAAAUAAAGUCUGUGCUUGUUGCAUUGCCAGAAAUGCACUUUAUCUGAUUAAUUUGUCCUCUGUUAACGUUCUGUGUCCUAAAAGAUCUAGAACUGUUUGGUUAGGUUGUGGUUAGUUUUACUGCUACAGUUUCUCCCCUGUGACAGCCGAACACGAAAAUACUGGCACGUGCUUUUAGUGUCGCUCUGCAAGUUCUGCAAGACCCAGGGACUUCAGUGAAACCAGAGAUCUUUCAAAGCCGUCACUGGACUAAAAUCAAGGCCCCAAAAUAGCAGCUUCUAGAAUAUUAUUAUUAUUUUAGAAAUAAGCUCGUGUGCCCGUGUUUAAGGGCCUUUCCGCUCUUCACCCUGUGUGAUGAUUGUUUCGAGCGCUGCCUGCGCUCUGGGGGUAGCGGCCGGUGGUUCAGGGCCAGGUAGCGCAGAGGGAGGUGGCAGCAGGGCGGGACGUGGCCGAGGUCACCUCUGCCCCGCGGUAGUCUGUAGCACGUCGUGAUCGAGCUCUCCUUUACUGGCAGGUGACUGCACUUCAGUUCUAUGUUUUGCUGCUCUGUUUUCUGAUCUUCAGCCAUAAAUACACUAGGGAGCUGUAAUGUGACAGGCAAAAACACUUAUUGAGGAAAACCCAUUUCUGUGUACAAGUCUGAUGUCAUUAGCAGUAUUCUGAACUUCCCUGCCAUUGGAUUUUUGUGUCAUUUUAAUAGAAUUUGCAAGAGGAGAUUUUUGGAAGAAUUUAAUGAGUUACUGUCUGAGAAUACGUUUGUGAAUGAUGAAUUUUUUUCCCCUUUCCCUACGGGCUGUAUGAGUAAAAUCUCAUGGCUGUUGUUAUUUCAAAUAAUGAUUUUUGGUUUAAAUGCAGUAGCUAUUCUUCUACUUUCUUAAUAUCUUUAGAGCACAUAUGAAUGUGCUGAACAACAGAUGUAAUUUAAUUAAAAAGGAGUAGACUCAAGUGUUGCUUGGGUUUAAAAUACUCUUACAAUUUUUGCUCUACUCCUUCUUUGGCAAUAUAAAUAGUUACCAUUGUUGUAUUUUUUUCUGCUCUUUUCUUGCAAAUAAGACAUCUCUCCCUAUUUUGAUUCUUUGAGAUUUUUAAACAUGAAUAUAAAACUCUUAAAAGAUUAAUUCUCUUAAUAUUAUCUAAAAUGCAUUUGAAACAAUGAAUCUAGAAAAAACUUGUUCAUAAACAUGCAGGCAAUGGAGGUUUCGAAGGUCAUCACCUCUUAUUGACAAAGACACUGUAUUCAGGCUAACAAACCUCCGCCUCAUUUGUACCCCAGCUCUCUUCACUUACUGUUUCCCUCUGAAGUUUAACUAUUCAUUUAUCAAAAACUUCCACCUACCUUGCA